GCCCCGCCCCGCGCAGUGUGUGUGAGUGAGGUAGGCUGAAGGUAGCAGAGUCGGAAGUUGGUGUUGGAGAUGGGGCUGAAAGUCGCGCAGAACCCCAGCGAGACUCGGCGCGGACGUGGAGCUGCUUUCCCCCCGGAUUUAUAAACUCUUGUGAUGCUCAGACCCAGCUAUGCCUUACGUGGAUCGGCAGAACCGCAUCUGUGGCUUCCUGGACAUCGAGGAAAAUGAGAACAGCGGCAAGUUCCUGCGCCGCUACUUCAUCCUGGACUCACUGGAGGGCAGUCUGGUGUGGUACAUGGACAACCCGCAGAACCUUCCAGAAGGAACCCCAUGUGUCGGCUCCCUGAAGCUCACGUACAUCUCCAAGGUGAGCGAUGCGACCAAACUGCGACCCAAAGCGGAGUUCUGCUUCGUUAUCAACGCUCCAAUGAGGAAGUUCUACCUGCAGGCCAACGACAAGCAGGACCUGGUGGAGUGGGUGUCCGUGCUCAACAAUGCCACCAAAAUCACGGUCCCGAAGUCAGGCGAUCCGAGCGGGCAGAACCAAGCCGAGGCCUCCGUGGAGGUCCUGGGCGCCAUGAAGCAGGUCUCCUACAAGACCGAGAUCAUCGGAGGAGUUCCCAUCAUCACCACCACACAGGAGAAGGGUGAAGGGCAGAACGGGGCGGAGAGAGGAGCGCUGAGGAAGCCCCACGGCCAGGUGCCCUACUACCUGAGCCGGGCCAAUCAGGACCAGUCGGUGGUGAAGGCUGGAUUCUGCGUUAAACAGGGAGCGGUGAUGAAAAACUGGAAGAGACGAUACUUCAUGCUGGACGACAACGCAAUCAGUUAUUUUAAAUCAGACCUGGAGCGAGAGCCUCUCCGUGUAAUUCCCCUAAAGGAGGUUACUAAAGUCCAGGAGUGUAAGCAAAGUGAUUUGCUGAUGAGGGAUAACCUCUUUGAGCUCGUCACUACCUCAAGAACGUUUUAUAUUCAGACGGACAGUCCAGAGGAGAUGCACAACUGGAUCAAGGCAAUAUCCGGAGCGAUCGUAGCCCAGCGAGGCCCCGGCCGCUCCGCCGCUUCGGAGCGCCGGGAACCCCCCUCCAGCUUUUACUGCAGCGAACAAGGCCCCCCAGUCCCUCGCUCGCCCAUCUCCGCCGAGCUCCACUUCUCAGAGUGCCACUUCCCCGCGGGCCAUCAGCACGGCGUGGGACGAGCCGGACCUCCGCGGUCUCCUGCGGGGCAGCCCACGCAGCCGCCUGUCGCUCCAGGAGGCUCCCCGCCUUUUUUUCAAGUAAGCAGUAGCGAUACGGUCUCGCCCUGGGAGCGGAGGAACAGCGCAGAGGUUUGCCCACCCUCUCUUAACGACUCUGACGAUCUGCAAAUUACAGAGGUGUGAAUAUCUACGGCGGUAAAACGGCGACUAAAACGCACGCGCACACCUGAGUCGAGACGAGACGAAGCACAGACUGAUUGCCAGAAUGACCACGGGUCUGCACGCGCAGGACGACGUGGACGCUGCGAUAGACUAGACACAACCUAGCACAACACGCUGGAUCUGCCCUAAGGAUUAUGGGAUUCUGUGAUUAGUUCCCACUUUCCAGACUCCUCUUGAGGACGGCGGGUUUUCCCACACGUUACUAGUCCGAACGAAAGCGUUUCAGGACUGAAGAAUACAAAUUUUAAAUGAAUGAAUUGAUAGAUCUGGGGGUUUGUUUUUUUCCUCUUCACCUGCUUUCUCAUGGGGUGCGGUUUGGGUUUCUCCUGUCUCCCGUCAUCAUGUUUUCUCCCUCUUAAAUCAGUGUAUUGAAUUCCCCGCUCUGUCCCACUGAACUAUUUUAAAUCCUUUGAUCAUCCCUUUUUAAAGAAAGUAAACUAGAGAACACUGCUACCUGUAAGAUUUCUACAAAUUAUUUUGAAUUUAGAAGACGUAAUCGUUAUUAUAUUUGAAGAUCUGUAUUCACACACUGACUGUAAUAGUUAUAAGAGUUUUAUUUUAGAGCAGAAGCGGUCAGGGAAUCGAAACGCGGAGAUGUUUCUCUCGUCAGGUUUAGUUGGUGGUGUAGAAUCCCGUUACACACACUUGGGGAAACUUAUAUAGUGAAGAUGUCAUGUUCUGAGCGCAGAGGUUUUUAUUAGUACAGAUGUUUUCUUAAAGGAAUCUCAGACCUGCCAACCUUCAGGCGUUUUGCGUAUUUCUCUCUCUCUCCAGUAAAGCAGCUGAGAUGAUGAGCCAAUCAACAUAUGAAUCUGGAAUGAUUGACAGUUUUGAACUCUCUGAUAUUAACUGACUUAACCCAUGUAAGCCCCACCCCUUCCCUCAUCUCAUGUGCUUUUUGUUUUAAAUUCCUCGAUGAAAUAAAAUCUAUACGUGCGCGUGAUUUGGCUAACGUUAGACACGUGUAUAUAAUUAACGUCGCUUAAAUAUAUACGGUAGCCAUCUGAUUUCUAGAUUAGACCAGUGGGAUUGGCAGGUCUGGAAUUUUAAGGAAUGUUGGCGAGCAACCUGUAAGAAGCACUUUUCUUUAUGUUGACGUUAUGAAAUGAUGGACUACUUACCCCCAAAAAAUGUUAUGCUAACAACGAAUGAAAGCUACUAUAUUCUGCUUAGCAUAUUGUGAAUGAAAGCACACUAACUCCACACUAAUGUUACUCAUUGUUUUUGACGGUGUAUUCGUUUAGUAACCUCUCCAACUGCCCAGUACCAACAGUCGAACUUUUUGUUGUUGUUGAUGUUGAUGUUGAUGUUGUUGUGUUGUGAGGAUUAUUCUUGUAAAAAAAAAAAAAAGAAAAGGAAAAAGUUUUCCCUGAUGUUGUAUCGUGGAAACGUGACGUCUGUCUCUCUGCAUCGCGGUCACGUGUCGACUCGUUCGCCCGUAAACGGCACUGCACGAGUCUGACGCCGUUCUGAGCCGUCUUAAGUGCACACUUUCCUUAUGACAGCAAGCUAUUUUUGGUUUCUCCAGUUGUGUACCUGACGUUUGUAAAUCGUGUGCGUUUAUUUAUUAUGUGAAAGAGUUUGAAGAUUAAAACUGACCAAUUUUAA